AAAUACUGUCAUUAGUUACUCACACACGUUUCGUUUCUACCCUGUAUGCUGUUUAUGUUUUCCAGGGUAUCAACCAUCAAAAAGACGCAUACUUAUUUUGUGUUUAAAUCUGUUUCCAUUGCAUCAUCUUUAGCAGGUCAUUGGACAUCUUUGAAAGAUGUUCGAGAAACAACCCUACGACAGUCCCCCGAUGUACACCCCGCCUUCCAAUGGCUUCGGACCACCGGGGAGCUUCCAAGACCCACGGAGUGAAUUCGAUCCCUACCCUCCACCUCCAGGAUCCUACUACGUGGGCGAGGAGGUGCCACAGCACUUCUACAAAUGGCUCUCUCCUCCUGGAAUCGUCAAGAUUAUGAUGGGAACGAUCAUAAUCCUCUGUCUGGGAAUCUUCGCCUGUGUGGCCUCCACUCUAGUCUGGGACAUGCAAUAUGGAUUUGGUUACGGAUCUGGAUAUUCGAGCUAUCCUGGAUACGGGAGUGGAUACGGAUACGGCAGCGGGUACGGAAGCUACGGAUACGGAAGUGGAUAUGGAUACGGAAGCUACUACAAUUCUUACCCGACCCCUUACUCGGCAAAGACCAGCAUGAUCGCCAUCGCCGCGAUAAACUUCAUCAUCGCUUUGGGACUCUUUGCAGUCAGCUUCUCCAAAACAAACACGUUCCGCAGCAGAAAGUACUACCUGGCGGUGCUUGUUAUUUGUUCUAUAAUGGCCGUGAUUCAGGGCAUCAUAAACAUUGUGUACAUUGUAGGAGUGAACCCUAUGGCCCAGAGCUCCACCAACUCAUACUACAACCCCAUGCUUCUGAUGUGUCAGAACCUCUAUGGCAGCAGUGUUACAGGAAUGGGGGCCGGUUUUCCUGUCUAUAACCAGUAUUUGUACCACUACUGCUACGUGGACCCUCAAGAGGCAGUUGCAAUGGUUUGUGGGUUCAUGGUUGUGGUGGCACUGGCUGUGGCGGCCUUCUUCUCCUAUAGGACCAGAAGUAAAAUCUGGCACUACGGGAAGCCCAACAUCUACUGGGAUCGACCACUAAUGGGAGGACCUGAGGGCAGAGAUGUGGAGGAUUGGGUCAACCAUGUACAGGAUGGACAGAGCGUGCAGGAGGCAUCCAUGGUGUUUUCGGAGAAGAUGGCUCCUGUUCUGGUUUCGGCCCCCAGUGUCGGCUCCAUCCCCCUGAAGACCGCCAGUGUCUUUAUCGAGACCAACAAUGUUAUCGGUUACCCUGAGCACUCUUUCAGCCGGCCGUUCCAUUCUACAUCCCCAUCUGGAGAAGUGAGCUCCAGCCCCUCCGACCAAACCGACACCAUCCGCAAACCGUCCGCCUCCAGAGGCAAGAGACGCAGGAGGAACCCUGAGCUGGACGAGUCUCAGUACGAAACCGAGUACACAACGGGAGGAGAGACUGCCAACGAUUUCGACGAGGAUCUGUGGACACGUCUCUAUCCGGAGAUCGCGUCUGACACCCAGCGCCACGAGUACAAGAAAGAGUUUGACUCGGAUCUCAGGACCUAUAAGGAACUGUGUGCCGAAAUGGACGACAUCAACGAUCAGAUAAACAAGCUCAGCAGAGAGCUGGACACGCUUGAAGAGGGCUCGUCCAAGUACCACGCGGUAGCAGAGGAAUAUAAUCAUCUCAAAGACCUAAAACGGAUGCCAGAUUAUCAAAACAAGAAGCACCAGUGUCGCAAACUGCGCCACAAGCUUUUCCAUAUUAAACGAAUGGUUAAGGUCUACGACCGCCGUCAGUAAUAAUGAGCUCCAUCAAACCGCCACACCUGCUCUCCUUGUUAAACACUCCUGCAUUUAACUGAUGAAGCCUCCAAAUGACCGAAGUUGCCCGAAACUGCUGUAACAAUGGCUUCACUCAGUGCUUAUGAUUAACCUGAGAUGGUUAGAACUUAAAAAUUGUUAACCUAAAGAUGGUUGGAAACGAAGACCAGAGAUUUCAAAACCGGUCCUUCUAAAGUCUUUCCAUUACCUGGAAAUUGUUCUUUCACUGGAAACAACUGCUUUUUUUUUUUUUUUUUUUUUUUUUUUUUAAGAGUGCAUGACUUCAUAUAGCCUGUAAAAUGCCAUAAAGCAUUGCAAUAUUGUUGUUCUGUUUUUUUGUUGUUGGGUGCGGUUAUGAGUGAUAACUCCAAGGUCAGUUGAUUACAGCGGUGCAUGUGUUUGUUGGCAGAAAUGUACUUUGGACAAUCCUCUCCAACUGAGUAAUUUGCACCUGCAGUGUCACAUCUAUGCUAUCAGUUUCCUUGUGUAUGAUUGUAAAUGGAUCGUGUGGUUCUUUUUUUUUUUUUUUAUCGGUUUCUGUAAAGGUGUCUGUGGGGCGCUGCUAGCUUUAAGUCAGGAAACGCAGAGGUUUUUGUUUCGAGGUGUGCCAGAAUAGUUCACAGAAACAAUUGAGGUUUUUAAACUAGCACGCCAUUACAAAAAAAAAUUUGUUUAACAACUGACUGCCUCAGUAAAAGAAGAAAUGGAAAUUUAAAUCAAAAAUAGAAACUGGAAUUUCAUAUUCAGUUGUGAUUUUAACAUUGAGUUUUGUACAAAAACUGAUGCAGCGCUAUGCAAAAAUUUAUGCAAAUAUGCAAAGGUUCUGUUCAUUUAGUUCUAGAUGUUUAUAUCUCGUUGCAUCUGAUUCAUAUCAAAAUAUUGUGAUCUUCCUGCUAUUUAAAACCGUAAUAGCUGCUUUUAUUUCUAACCAAUCAAAUAUCUAUGCAAGAUCAAAUAUUGCAUUUCUGUUUUGUAAUGUCGUUAUGGACAACAAAGUAAGUAUUGUUCAGUUUUUCUUUUUUACUCAUUUUUUGUACGAAAUCAUUUAAAAGUGGCAAGACGUUCAUUUUCAGCUGUUAAUGAGAUCAUGCUUUUCGUUUCUCACGCGCAUAACAUAUUUUACAUCUGUACAUAUUUGUUGUCCUUUCUAUUUUCAAUAAAGUUUUGUAUUUUAAGUUUAAAAUAUGUGAAAUUGUAACCAAGCUAUUUGGUUGUUGUUUUUUUCUUUUAUUACAGGUUUUUUCGUUUAUAUUGUUUGCGCACCUUCCUCAAAACUCUUUUGCCUUUUUUCAAGACUGAUACAGUUUUUAAGAACCGCGCACACAAGCAUGUCUCAAAAGCAAACAUUUCCAAACACCUUUAAUAUUAAUUCCUGUUAUAUUUUUGUGUGGAAUUUGAGCGUCAUGUUUCAGAAACUGGCGAGUGACAAGUAAAGAUUUUGUAAGUUGCAAAAACUGUAAUAAAAAAAAUCGAUGUUAUUAAACAUAAUAUAACAUAA